AUGUGAAGAAAAAGUGCAGUAAAUGGCGGCCAUCGCAACCAGGUUGGUUUCCAUGACGGCGGUCGUGACGUCACAGAAUCAACACUCGACUUCAGUUCGGCCAUGCUGCCGGAGCAACAGGAACAAGAAGAGCGGCGACCAUCUCGGUGUGAUCCUCCCGUGGACAGUCACACCCCUGCUUCUGCCAAAUCGCAGGGCAUUUCCCACGUGUUGGCCAGCACCUUCAAGGAGCUUUACACCAAAGUGACGCCAUGCAACCUUAUGAAGGCGAAAGGGAGGAGCAGCUACCACGACAAAUACGUCGAUGAGCUCAAACAGGUUCGGGCCGAAUACAACCGGCGUAUCAAAGAGGCGGACAUGCUGGAGAGCCACAUCAUCCAGGCCAGAGCUCGGGCGGCCUCCACCGAGCGACGGACGGCGGAGCGCAUGAAGGAGGACUUCAGGGACGUGCCCGAUCUCCAGGGCCUGCCUCCAGUCAAGUCGGCGUUUAUCUGGCACGUUGACGAAGGCCUCCUCCAAAUCAACGACCUGAUUUCGCCACUGGACUAUUUGAAGCCGCAAAAAAUCCAAAUGAAGGCUCCGGCAGUCGUAAAACCCGAUCUGACCAGACCGACCAUCGCCUACACCUUGCACGCGGCCAGCGAGGCGCACGACAUCUCGGCGCGGAGGAUGAGGAAGGAGUCCGAGUCCAGCCAGACUCUGGAGUGCAGCUCGCUGGCGCCGAAGAAGAAGAAGUCCCCCGACGAGAUGCGGAGCGGGCCCAGGCCAAAGUGGAAAGACGAGCCCAGCGCCAGCGAUCGGGCCGAGGGCAACGAAAAGCUGCGCAAGAUGAAGGAACGCCAACGCAUGCUCCAAAACCCCCGCUUCCUGCCUCCCAAAGCUCACCGGGGCGCCGCCUCCCUCGUCCGCCCUCGGACGGCGAAGGACGGCGCCGAGGAAAGCUCCCAAGAGGGGGUCGUCCAGGUCUUCCUGGCCAAGCCCCCGCUGGUCCUCUUUACGGUGUACAGCGUGGGACAGGUGUACGAGAGCACCCUGGAGCUGAAGAACGUCAGCUUUUCCGGCCGCGACGUCCGAGUCCUCCCGCCCAGCAGUUCCUACUUCACCAUCGGUCUCGGAAGAUUUCCCGGCAAGGGCGGCGUGGUGGCCCCGGGCAUGAGUUGCAAGUUCACGGUGCGCUUCGCCCCGGACUCGCUGGCCGACUACGAGGACCGCGUGGUGGUGGAGAGCGAGGGCCGCCAUAUCCUGGUGGUCCCCAUCCAGGCGCGGAGACCGCCUCCCGUUCUCACCCUGCCCCGCGUGCUGGACUGCGGUUACUGCCUGAUCGGGGGGCUGCGAUGCGUCGAGUUCCAUUGUCAGAACGUGGGCCUGAGUGCCGGGACCUUCUGCGUGGUCCCGAAGGAUCGCUGGCCGGUGGCCGACCCCCGGUCGGUGGCCACCAGUUGUUAUUGCGAGCAGCCCCCCUUCGCCGUCAGCCCGUCCUUCUUCGCCCUGCGGCCCGGAGAGAGCACCGUCGUGGAGGCGCUUUUCUUUCCCGCCGCCACCGAGGCCGUUUGCCGCAUCUUCGCCGUGGUGUGCGACAACUGCCAAGUCAAAGAGGUUUGCGUGCGAGGCGAGGGCCAGCGGAUCGCCCUGGAGCUCCUGUCGGUUUCCGGCGAGGAGCGGCCCCCGCUUUUGGGGGAGCCGCGCGACGUCACCGCCCAGCACUUUGUCCGAUUCGAGCCGUGCAACCCUCGCACGGCGCAGCGGAAGACGCUGGUCAUCAGGAACAACGUCCACUUGGAGCUGCCCUUCCGCUGGCGGAUCGUCAAGCCCAACCUGCCGCCGCCGCUCCCGGCCCAAACGGCGCCCGAGCCCCGCCGGAUCCGCCAUCGACCCGAGCCCGACGACGUUUUCCAAGUCAGCCCGGCCUCGGGGAUCCUGGCGCCCUGCCGGGAUCGAGACUUCACCGUCUCCUUCUGUCCCAAGGAGAUGCGAGAUUACCACAGCGUGUGCCACUUGGUCCUGAGCGACAUCCCCCAGCUGCCGCCGGAGUCCGCCGCCGCCACGCCCGGCGCGCUGCAGCCCGUCGGCGCCGACUCCGAGGCGGGCGACGCCACCGUCAUGGAGAUCGAAGUCAAGGGCGCCGCCGAGCCCUUCAACGUGCUGCUGGAGCCCUACGCCCUGGUCGUCCCCGGAACACUUUUUAUCUCCACCCCCACCCGCCGACAUUUUAAGAUGUGGAACCACAGCAAGACGCCGGUCUUCUUCCGUUGGGACGCCAUGAGCGGCAGCUGUCAUCGAAUCGAGGUGGAGCCCGCCGACGGAAAAAUCGGUACGAACGAGUGUUUUGUUUUCGAGCUGCUUUUGAUGGGAGGCAAAGCGGAGAAGGUGGCGACCAAUCUGCUCUGCCACAUCCGGCACCGCUCCGAACCCGUCGCCUUGGCCGUGGAGGUCGCCUUCAAGGGCCCCAGCGUGAGCAUCAGCGAGCCCAGCGUGGACUUUGGUCUGAUGCGGCUCGGGGAGGAGAGCCGGAAGACGCUGUACCUCCGCAACGCCACGCACCUGGAGGCCACCUGGUCGCUGGCGGAGGCGCACGAGAGCCCGGACGGCGGCCCAGACCCGCAGCUGAGCGUGGAGCCGAGCGGCGGCGUGCUGGCCCCUCGCAGCGGCUGCGGCGUGGACGUCCGCUUCAGGCCGCGAUUCUGCCAAGAGUUCCAAACGGAGCUGGAGCUGGCCGUGGAGGACGGGACCGGCUGUCACCUGCUGCUGCGAGCGGACGUGCAGUCCCCUCGGCUGUGUCUGCUCAACUGCGAGCUGCUCCUCCCUGAACUCUACAUGGGCGUGGCCGCCGAGGGGACCGUCACUCUCUUCAACCAGACGCUCUUGCCGUCCAACUUCUCCUGGGCGGACGAGCUCAGGGGUGGGCAGGCGUCUCUCUGUUGGGCCAGUUUCGAGCCGCCGUCGGGCAGUCUGGGACCCAACGCCAGCCUGGACAUCCGCGUCUCCUUCGUCUCCCGAACCGACUCGGCGCUGAAUGACGUGGUGGCGCUCUGCGAGGUGGAGGGCAUGAGCUCGCCCCUGGUUCUCAGCAUCCUGGCGCCCGCCACCCAGAGUCUCCGAGUGUCCUACGCGCUCCCCGGCAUCAGCCGUCCCGUUUCGGCCGACGGGGGGCGAGAGGAGGCGUUGACGGUCGACUUCGGCGAGGUGCCGCUGGCGCGAGCCGUCACCGAGCGGCUGCUGAUGAGCAAUCACACGGCCAUCCCGGCGCCCUUCGCCAUCCGAGCCGAGUUUUUCAACUGCGACGCGGCCCAGCCCGCCGACCCUUUGCAGACGAGAUCCCGAUACAUGAAGAAGCCGCUUCACUCGGUCCAAGCCGGCAAAUUAGAGGAGCGGGCGCACAAGGACUUUUUGAGCAAGCUGCUGGCCAACGGGAAAGGCGCGGCCUUCUUCGCCGCGCCGUGCGCCGGAACGCUGGAACCCUUCCAGACCCAAAGCGUGGACGUCACCGCCUACAGCGACAUGUGGGGCCGCUACCGAGACAACCUCGUGUGCCAGGUGGGGGACCUGGAGCCCAGCCUCCUCCCCGUGCGGAUGCUGGUCAAAGGCUGUCCGCUCUACUUCCAGAUCACCGGGCCGCGCUCCGACGACCAGUUCCAGGGACCCAACGUACAGUUUGGGACGCGUCUAUCUGGAGGGGACACCGUUUGCCGUUCCCUUCGCAUCAACAACCCCACGCUCUUUGAUAUCCGUCUGGACUGGGACACGUACAACAUCAUCCCGAACGACCGCAAAGUGGUGGACGUGGUGAUGUCGUACGGGGAAAGCUUCCCGCUCAAGGAAGCGGGCGGCGACCCCCGGCCGGCGUCCAGGCCCCCCGACGGCGAGGCCGCCUGGAAAAGGGCCCAGCAGUCGGGCGCCGCCGGCACAGAGAGAGAAGACGACGCCGGCGAGGAGGAAGGCAACGGGCUGAGUCCCGCCAAGAGAAAAAUGCUUUCCGUCCACAUCCGACCUCACGUGGGCGACAAGUCCGAUGAGCCCUACCGCGUCUCGCCGCGGCAGAUCGUGAUCCCGGCGCGAGGCAGCGGCACCGUGCACGUGUCUUUCACCCCGCUCACCCUGUGCACCACAUCGUGCGAGUCCAAGUGCGUGGGCUUGGCCCUGGCCUUCAUUAGCCUGGACUCCAAGGAGGCCGCCUGCGUGCCGGCCAAGGUGGCGCGGGCCCAGGGCUUGGAUCUGCCGCCCAUCAGAGUGGAGCUCCUGGCGCUGGUCAAGCCCGCCGUGCUCUCGGUGCAGAUGGAGGACGACAACAAGGUGGUGGAAUUUCACACCUCGGCCGGCGAUUUAAUCAAGACGGAGGGAGACGAGGCCUAUUUGGAGGCCUUUGACAGCGUGCAGAGCUUCCUGCUAAAGAACACCACCGAGAUGCCCCUGCGCUUCAGACUCAGGACGCAGCCGCCAUUUUCGCUGGUCAAGGGGCCCGCCCAGGCGGGCUCGGGCGCCUCCGGCAGAUCGUCGGCCGCUGACCCCCACGCGCUGAUUCUGCAUUCCCAAAACAGCAUCCUGGUGAGGGUGGCCUUCUGCUGCUCGCCGUCGCUUUUGGAGUACGCGGCGCAUCCGAGAGACGGCGUGACGGUGGUCCCCUGCAGUGACGGCGGCUACAAGCAGCUGAAGAUUCAGCAAGACCUCCUCAUUCACUACAGCAACAACAGCACGCAGAUGGUGCCGCUGUGCGCCCACGUGAAGCUGGCCACGCUGUGCUUGUCCAGCGACCACAUCAAUUUCGGACUCUGCUACUUGGGCCAGACGCAGGCCAAAGAAGUCAAGCUCUACACCUUCGGCUCGCAGACUCACUGGUCAUUGAUUCUCGAGUCCGGCGAGGACGCCUCGCACGUCUUCAGCGUGACGCCCACUUGCGGGCUUCUCCGCUCCAAAGACCAGCACGCCCCGGGCGACCACUGCCAACGUCUGGAGAUCAGCUUCACCGCCAGUGAGGUGAAGCAGUACAAGUCCACGGUGGUGAUCACUUCCAUCCUGGAGUGGAGUCCGCUGGUCCUGCAGCUCCAAGGCACGGGAUCCCGACAGAUGUAGUCGUACAAAGCAUUUUGGGGGGGUGAUAGCUGUAGAAACUCAUGCUCUCUGUACGCUGAGUUAAACGCUCCUGGUGCGUUUAUUUUAUUAAAUGAAGCUUGUAA